AUUCAAUAAUUUGUAAUCCAAUCAGACGAUUAGAGAGUAAUAGAAUGCCCAAAUCAUUUUUGAUAAAAAAUAGCAGAACAUUGGAAACAGAAGAAAUGGAUCAGGCAUCGUCCAGUGCGUUUCAUGUUGUAAUGCCAAGAAAUCCGAGUUGUACAGACGAUGGUCCAGACACCUGUCUUUCGGCAUCAAUUGAGACACUUAGAGAACGGUCUCAAAGUUCCAUUGAUGAAAAGAUCACGACUGUGGGCGGAAACUACACAGCCUUUCGACCUUGGGUCCCUAAAAACCAGCUGUUUACAGAUGAUCCUGCUAAAUUCGGGAGUUUUAUACAUCCAAGUUUCCUGAACACGAACCCUAUGUGUGUAGACUAUCGAUACAUUCUCCAGAACUUCCUUCUCUCCUACAGUUACUUUGGUUCCUUCCCAUAUAGAUAUGGAGUACCAUAUGGUUUCAACCAAGCAAAUAAAAAGUCUACCGAAAGUGACAAACUAAGUGUAUUGGAUGCAGAAGAACGAAGCACCGCUAGCACAGCUGAUGGUACAACCUACCAAUGUAGUAAAUGUACCAAACCAUUCAGUACGCCACAUGGGCUGGAGGUGCACGUUCGACGGGCACACAGUGGAUCAAGACCAUUUGUCUGCGAGAUUUGCAACAAAACAUUUGGCCAUGCAAUUAGUCUGGAUCAACACAGAGUCGUUCAUAAUCAAGAGAGAGUGUUUGAAUGCCGACAGUGUGGUAAAUGCUUUAAAAGAUCGUCCACUUUGUCGACUCAUCUACUGAUACACAGUGAUACUAGACCCUAUCCUUGUCCUUAUUGUGGGAAACGGUUCCAUCAGAAGUCAGACAUGAAGAAACACACUUAUAUACAUACAGGCGAGAAGCCUCACAAAUGUUUACAGUGUGGUAAAGCUUUUAGCCAGUCUUCAAAUUUGAUCACUCAUAGCCGAAAACAUACUGGCUUCAAACCAUUUUCCUGUGACAAGUGCGGAAGGUCAUUCCAGAGAAAGGUCGACUUAAGGAGACACGUGGAGACUCAGCACACAGUCUCAUUUGACAGACGUCUUCUACAACCACUGAUAGUUCCGUUCCCGUACGAAAAGAAGUAAAACAGGAUCGUUUCUUGUGGAAGAUUUAUUUCAGUAUUUGAUACCGUUGGAUGAUGCAUUCUUGUGAUUUAACGAAAGCGGUACGGACAAUUCGAAGUAUGAAAAUGAACUUUUUGAUCUAUUUAGACUCAAUUUAUUGAAAACUUUUUCAUAAUUGUACAACUAUUUAAGUGUAUUUUUUCCAAACACUACGCUGAAUAUUUUUAAUGGGCAUGCAUUCCAUAAGUGUCCAAGAGUUGUCACAUGUAUAGUGCUAAACACUGCAUUUUUUUUAUAUUUAUAUAUCGUACAUGUUUUUUCUAGUCAAAAAUCGUUAUUGUAAAUAUUUGUACUAUGCGUUUUGUUGAUGUUAUACUUUCUUUCUAUA